CCGCUCUCUUUCAUCUCCAAACAUACACGAUUCAUUUGAAACCUUCUUUUGUGUCCGUUGCUGAGCUCUCCCCCCUCAGUGGCUUCCCUUGCAGAGCGCAGGAACAGCCUUCUGCUUGCUUGACUUGCUUGACUUGCUUGACACAGGAUCAUCGAUGCCAUCGCACACUUGAUCAAACUACGGUCACUACUCAUCACAUUCCUGCCUCCGCCAAACGCCCUCAAUGCCGACCUAUACCCCUGUGCCUUCCUCCUUCACUACUUUGUCCCACCGUGCCAAGGCUCUCUUCCUCUACAGACACAUCCUCAGAGAGGGAGCAAAGUUCUUUGACGAGCGCACAAGCCGUUGGGUCAAAUUUAGGGCCCAAGAGGCCUUUAGGAAGAAUAAAUAUCAGGCAGACCGGGAAAGAGCCGAAAAAUGCAUGAGCGACGCGCGCAAAGCUCUUCGACUGCUUGAACGGGCUAAUCAGGUGGACCUCAAGGCCUCGAUGCGUCUCCUGAGACUAUCAUACGGAAUCCUCGGCAAGGAGCGACGAGCACUACUCCAGCCUUUUCUGGACUCGGCCCGCCAACGCACCAUGUCCCCCGAAAAGCUCUCCACUGCAAUCUCACGCUCCACAUCCAACGGCUCAAAGACAACUGCGAUUUCUUCGUUAUCAACACCUUUAGAUUCAGCCUCAUCUCAAGUGCAUAUUUCAACGAUGCAUCUUGCGGACGUGCUUUUGCAGGCAACCGAGCCACCAGAGCCAUUGCAUUAUCACAAUCCCAGGACUGUGCCACCCAUUUUGUCGCCUCCAGUCGUAUCACUCAUUAAAAGUGUCACCGGGAAGAGCGUCGAGCCAACACUGCCGGAACCGUUGUUCAAGCCCUUGCAUGGAAAACGAGAGGCGAAUCUGCGAUGGCGUUUCUUUACCAAACAGUUUGGGAAAAUAACACCGCCUCUCCCUAGUGAGAUUCGACAGGAAAUGGAGUGGAAGUCGCGUGUUGGAUUACCUGGAUCAAGAAAAGACAGUGCAUUGACAACUGGCACCUUACAAUCCUCGACUAAUUGGGAUACAUGGGAGCAGCGGAUUCUGGACACAAUCAGAGCAUGGAACAUGAAUGGGGAGGAGCAAAAAGAGAAGCGCCAUGAGACUGGGCGAUUUCACCCCAGUAUUGGCGGGAAACCUGCGAAACCUAAUACAUUGACGCCGAGACUUUACAGGAGGAUGUGGCAACACCUGCUUGAUGAAGUUCCGGUCAUGGACGUCCAUCUGAAAAGCCUAACAUCUGGCUCAAAUAAGUUACCUUCUGUACCACCAUCAGCCAAGCCCACAUUUUCGGUCUCAAAAAGUCCAUUGUCGUAUCAGGCACGGUCCACUGUCAACUUGAAGCUGCAGGCAGUCGUCAAUAGUUUUGACCGGAUAGGACUGAGCGAACAAAGUGCUCCAACAACAACAACAACAACAACAAAAAAGAACAGGAGUGAUAGAGUUACGAACAAUAAAUCCACUGGGGAAAGUCUGUAGUCAAUUG